AUGACUGCCGUCUAUAUAAACCUCUGGGAAGUCAAAGCAACUUCAUGCAUUGUACUAGUACUGGAAGUACUAACUGAGAGGAGAAAACCAACUGAGAGGGCAAAGCAAAAAGAAAAAAUGAGAAACAUUUACAUGAGGCAGGUGAGAUUGAAUAACGGCGUAUGGAUGCCAGUGGUUGGUUUGGGCACUUAUUCCUCUGAAAAUGAUUCAGAGACUACUCAACAAGCGGUCCGAAUGGCACUCCAGAUGGGGUACAGGCACUUUGAUACUGCUAAGAUAUAUGGCUCGGAGCCUGCUUUAGGAAAUGCAUUGAGGAGUGCAAUUUCUGAUGGGAUGAUUCAGAGAGAAGACGUCUUUGUUACAUCUAAACUAUGGAGCAGUGAUCACCAUGAUCCCGUCUCUGCACUUGAGGAAACUCUCCAGAAGCUCGGGUUGGAAUAUGUGGACCUAUACUUGGUCCAUUGGCCGGUGAAGUUGAAGCCUGGAGUUCUUAAUCCAGUUCCCGGCGAAGAGGAUUUCGAUAUACUAGACCUGCAGAGCACUUGGUUGGGAAUGGAGAAAUGCCUAGCAAUGGGUUUGUGUAGGUGUAUAGGGGUCAGCAAUUUCUCCAGCAGGAAGGUUCAGCAACUUUUGGAUUUUGCCACUGUGCCUCCUGCUGUCAAUCAGGUGGAGAUGCAUCCGAUGUGGAGGCAAAGAAAGCUAAGGGAGGUUUGCAGGAAACACAACAUCCAUGUCAGUGCAUAUUCCCCUCUUGGGGCACCUGGAAAUUGCUGGGGAUCAACGGCCGUGGUGGAUCAUCCCAUCCUAAAAUCUGUUGCCCUAAAACACAAAGCAACACCAGCUCAGGUUGCUUUAGCAUGGGGCAUGUCAAAAGGAUCUAGUGUAAUCGUGAAGAGCUUCAAUCAGAGGAGAAUGAAGGAGAACAUAGGAGCCCUUCAUUUGGCAUUGGACGACUCUGAUACUCUCAAAAUUCAGAAGAUGGAAGAAUGGAAGAUCAUGAGGGGGGAUUUUUUCACCAAUGAAACAACCAGCCCCUAUAGGACCAUUCAAGAUCUGUGGGAUGAUGAGAUUUGA